AUUUCAAACUGACUUUUCGGAAUAUUCUGUUUGAAAUCAGUUGAUAUGUUCAAAAUUCGAGGGUAAAAAUUACAUGUACUUCCUUGUAAAAUGGAAUCAUUACAUAAUCAGUUAUUGCCCUACAAGGAACUGGUCGGUAGUAUUGCAAGUGUUGUAACAAUAGCACAAUUUUUUUCUGGGGCUGUUAUGUGUAGAGAUAUUCAUAAACGACAAACAACUAAAGGGGUAAGUGCAGUUCCAUUUGUGGGUGCAGUAAUUAUAGGUAUUCUUGUGUUCAAAUAUGGAUUAUUGCUAAACGAUGACGCAAUGCUUCGUGUGAACGUAGCCUCCGUAACGUUGAACAUGUGCUACAUAGCGGUUUUUCUAUAUUAUUGUGAGAACUCGUGGGAAGAAGUUUACAAACCCGCUUCCUUCGGAAUUCUUCUUGUGGCUAUAAUUUUGGGAUAUGCCGAAUGGGAAUCAUCUGACAAGAUUGAGUAUAGAUAUGGUCUUUUGGUCACCAUUCUUCAAUUAUUACUUUUGGCUAGCCCUUUGAGAGAUUUGGCCAAUAUCAUAGCCACAAAGGAUGCUUCUUCUAUACCCUUUCCUUUGGCUUUUAUGGCAGCAAUAGUCACAUUUCUUUGGUUUAUUUACGCCAUUAUUUUGAAUAAUAUUUUUAUGCUGGUCCAAAAUUUUAUAGGAUUUGUACUUUGCAUUGUGCAGUUGUCUCUGGUAUUUAUAUAUGGAUCACAUUUAGAGUGAAAAAGAGCUAUUUUGAAUAUAUUAUCAUUUAAGGUGUCUGUAUACAAAAAUUUAUUGUGAAUAUCGUUACAUAAACACAUUAAAGGACCUUUGGUAAAUGAGCCGC